UUAAAUCACCAUUAAUGUCAAUGCAAUAUAAAUAAAACAAAGUACCUACUGAAAGAUAAACAUUCUCCAAAUUUCAAGUAAAUAAGCAAUUUUCUAGGUAAAAUAAAUUUUAUUGUAUUGAAAAAUAUUGUAAUUAUGCAGAUAAAAGUGAACAUUGGCAUUGGGGCAGAGGAUACAGAGAAGGAACCACAGAAGGAAGAAGAAGAUAAAUCAGAGCCUGAAUUCGGUAGUGUCGAAUGGCUUUAUCGUAUAAGUGAUACAGAACGGAAUCUGCCAAGCCCAAUUGAUGUAUCCAUUACUGGUUCCACAGUAUAUUCAUGCCCCGAACUGAGUUGGUACAAUUUUGAUGUCUACCCGCAUAAAAUAAAGAUAACCAACACUGGUUACACUCUUCUGAUUGGAGCGAAAUGGAAAACAGAAAGACCGUAUCUGGAAGGUGGUCCUCUACUGGAGAAGCACAUACUGUCACAAAUUCACUUCCACUGGGGAGAGAACAUGAUGGAAGGCACCGAUCAUACUGUGGAUAAGAUUCGUCACCCAGUUGAAAUGCAGGUCACGUUUUUCAAAUCGGAAUAUCUAACGCAGGACGAGGCCUUCCGCCAUCCAGAUGGAACCGUGGUUAUUUGCUACAUAAUACAGUACGGGGCGAACCCCGACGAUCGUCUCACCUGGGUGACAAAUGCCCUGCCGAAGGUUUGCGAAGCCAAGACCAGCACUCGUGUCGGGCCCUACCCCAUGUCAACCCUCCUGCCAAUGUUCACAGCAGAUUAUUUUUUUUACUGGGGCAGUUUGUCAACGGCGAAAGGGGAUUAUGUGGCUCGCUGGAUCGUGCCCAGAACCAAUAUGUCUGCGUCGUUUGAACAGAUAACUGAAUUUCGAAAACUAAUGGAUCCUUGGGAUGAACCACUAAAGAAAAAUUUUAGAACUCUCCAAGAGCGUGGUGAUCGACACUUAUUUUUUAUAAAUCCGCGGUGGAGUCAACAUAAUUCAUUACUGCCAAUACGCAGAGUCCCAGAACCUUCAAUGUCGGUGUUGUCACCAGCUUAUCAAGCUAAUUCUUGGAUGUUACCACCACAGAAUAAAGUGAACUUGAAGACGGAUACUCAAGAAGAAUAAUAAUAAUAAUAUUGUACCGAUCAUGCAGCUCUAAACGCACAGUAAUUAACAACAGUGGACACUAGAGUAGGUACUAGGCAGCGAAUGGAAUAUGAAAACCACAAAUAAUUAAACUCUUUGCAGUAGUCUUGUUCAAAUAAAAAGGA